CAGUAAUCAGUAGUUUAUUUUUUCACCACACAUGAAAUACACUAAAUGCAUACGGAAUGUAAAAGGAAGCAAAAACGGAUAAUUCGAGGUGAAAGGAGUCGCGAAAACCAAAAUUGGUUAUCGAGCGGCGACACCUGAGCUAAAGUCUAAUAAAUGAAUCAUAAAACAAUGAAAAAAGUCAAACAAUAAAUAAAAGAAUAUAAAGAAGUGAAAAAUCGAGACGACCUGAAUCCAAGAGACGCUCGAGACACAGAAAAGCAAAACCAAAAACGACUCCAAGCACAUAUGUGCGAGUAACUAUGGGAACGGCAGCAGGAAUGCAGUACAGUGCGAUGACAGGAUACCGAACCGAUAUCGCAGCGUUAUGGAAUUGAUAGUUAUUUAACAGAUUUUAAAUAUAUCCCGGUAGGGAUAUUAUGCCGAUAACACGGCGUAAUCAUAGUUAUAAAUGUUUGCCAAGAGUUCGAAUAAGAUUGCAUGAAGAUUGCAAGUGCUGGGGUGCAAGAAGAUUGCAAGUGCUGGGGUAAGUCGAAUCGUCAUUAAUACAUUACAGAUAAAAAUUAUUCUAAUCUGUGAAAAACAGGUUAACUCAACAAAGUAGAUGGGGGUAACAAUAAAUAGCGUUGUAAAUUAGUAAGCAUACCGCUUGGAAUCGUUGAGAAUAUAGAAUGAACACGAUAUGUGUAUGAACAGAUGGAUGAAAUAACCACUGCAGCACUGAGUAUCAACAGUGCUAUAUAUAUACAAAUUUCGAAAAUGCAACAAAGCACAAUAAUAAUAAAGUGGUACUGUCGACUCUGGGAGGUUGUGGACCUAGUCAAGUAUUCUGCUGGCAGUGCCGAGGGAAAGUCAGUAAGCACAUCAAACAGAUGUGCUGGAGAAAGACAGGGAAUUUUGAGAUUUGCUCAGCGAAAAGCGAGGUACAAAAAGAUUGGAUUUGGUCGAAGAGCGUGUGUUGUGUUCAUGCACAGAGUGUUCAUAGUAUUUUGGAGCGUGGUUGAAUCUUUGGCACUGGCAAGCAAGCAAGCGUCAUCGGCGAAGAGUUUUGUUAAAAGAUUCGAACAGUUCGACAAAUCAUUUAUGAAAAGUAAGAAAGCCAAUGGUCCAAUGACCGAACCUUGGACAAUUCCACAGUGGAUGGGCAACAUCGGAGACCUAUGACAUCCUACUUCAACAAACUGUGAUCGACCACUCAGGUAAUUACAUAAUAGUUUGCAUGCGUUACCUCUAAAACCACAGUGUAUCAACUUUUGGACAAGAAUUUGAUGAUCAACUGUGUCAAAGGCCUUCUUUAAAUCCAGGAAUGCACAACAGACAGACUCCCCUUUAUCAAUUUUUUCAUAGAUAAAUGAAAUAAGAUCUAGGAUGGCAUGGGAAGUCGAGUGAUUGGAUUGAAAUCCGAAUUGGCAUUUGUCGAUCAGAUUGAAUUUGUUACAGAAGUUGAGCAUUCUUUUAUAGACUAAUUUUUCCAGGACGAUGCCGAUACAGGGUAGAAUUGAAAUUGGCCUAUAAUUUGAAGGAUUAUUUUUGUUGCCACUUUUGAAGAUGGGUAUUACCCUAGCAAUCUUCAGAGCGGAGGGAAAAAUUCCUAAACUAAAUGAUAGAUUAAAGAAAUGACUCAAAGCUGGGGAUAUGCUGUCUGCGACUAAUUUUAAGAAAAAAGAAGGAAUAUUAUCAUGCCCAACUGCUUUGCCUUU